AUGAGCCCAACAAUUCUAUUGUUAUUUUUCACUGCAUUAUGUUCUUGUGAUUCACAUUUGCUACAGGAAGAAAUAGCAGAUGCAUUACGAUCUUGUUCUUUAAAAAUUGAGACGAAAUAUGAUACAAAAAAGUCAAUUCAUCAUCGGUACAGCCGCUCUACAAGUUACUACGAUCAAAAGCCACGAAUUGAUAGCAUCUCAAAUGUAGAUUCAAACCAAUACAGCCAUGAACGGCGUAAUCUGUCAGACAGUAACCAAAUUCAUGUUUUGAAUGGCACCGACUACGAUUAUGUGGGAUUUGGAGCAGGAGAUGUGGGUGAGAAAUAUUUGAAAACAAUCCCGCGGCCAGCGCUUGGCUAUAAUAAAAACACCACUGAUAGUAAUAUCUCACUAUAUAGGAGCAAACGAAGUGACAACCUUAUGGGGACAGUGGAUUCAGAUCAGUGUCUGAGUCAAUGUGUCUUCACCAAUUUACAAGUGGUAGAUUCGAGGGGUAUUCCCAGUGAAGCUAAGCUGUGGAACUUAAUACAGACGUCAGUGAACUCUCAACAAUCGCGAGCCUUAAUAAGAGAUCAAGUUAGGACUUGCUUUCAACAACAGGAAACGGAUUCAGAGUACAAUGGGUGCUCGUAUUCGAAUAAAAUAGAAAAAUGUAUGAUGCUCCGCCUUACUGAACGUAAAAAUACCAACUCUAAUUCUACAAAUAAUGGCAAAUAAAGUUUAAUAGAUUAUAAU